AUGCACCCCGAGGCACCCGGCACGCGUUCAUUCGCCCGGCCUUCAACCUGUGCCACGCCCCACUGUGACUUCGACCGCUGGGAUUGGAACACCCUUGCACACCGCGAGAAUUGGCCGAAAGUUCAGGGUGCAAAACAUUCAGAAUACUCUACAUUGGCUGAUGCAUUAGUAGAACGGGUUGUGGGCAACUUGAAGAUCGAUGAGCAACAACAAACUAUCUAUAUACACGUCGAGCGCUUGCCUACCACUCUAUCUACCAGCAGCGUUACGGCUGCACCCUACUCGACACUGGCUGGUGCGCUGGGAGAGAGGGGGGAAGCGAAGAGACGUGAGGAUGCAUACCCAUCCACUGCCACAUACAUUGCCGCUACGUUAUCGACAUCCCCUGCGGAUGAUCACCGCACUACCUCACUUCCGCCCACGCAAUGGACGACAACGUACGACCUGCCAAUAGGGUCGACCUGUCGUGGAGGAUUGGAAGCGGCAGAGGUGUAUGCCACCCCCCAGUCCACGUACGCUAGCUUCUGCGACCCGACUGGGCCGCAGCCAUCAUCUACAGCCCAGCCAGGGGGAUAUGAACAGCCACAUGACGGGACCCGCACCGGGGCUGUAGAGCCGUUUGAGGCAUUUGAUACUCCUAUAUCAAUGGCAUUGCCUGACGACGGCAGCGGUAACAUAUUAUCAACGUUCUCUACUCCACAGAUCACGCCGGCUGAAGGGUGGGGAGAGGUACAAACCGGAGAAUCGCUGGCUUAUCCAUGCCUGGAGAUCGAUAAUCAGGUCCACGGAAACCGGGGCAGCUUCGUACACAGCGAAGACAGAGCUGCCGCGUACCGAUACAACAUCGAUGCGCAGGAUACGCAAAACCUCGACCACGUCGCGUCCACACAUACGGGCCUCGGAGGCACAUGGUAUAAUGGAGUGGAUCAGCUAUACGUACCGGAGGCAGGACAAGCCCAGGACGAUAUCUCGUAUAUCUCUAUCAGGAAGUGGACAGGGCAGCCCACUACCUCGCUUCAACAGCCUUUAUACGAGGCCGAGGAGGUCCACGGAAACCGGGGCAGCUUCGUACACAGCGAAGACAGAGCUGCCGCGUACCGAUACAACAUCGAUGCGCAGGAUACGCAAAACCUCGACCACGUCGCGUCCACACAUACGGGCCUCGGAGGCACAUGGUAUAAUGGAGUGGAUCAGCUAUACGUACCGGAGGCAGGACAAGCCCAGGACGAUAUCUCGUAUAUCUCUAUCAGGAAGUGGACAGGGCAGCCCACUACCUCGCUUCAACAGCCUUUAUACGAGGCCGAGGAGUAUGCGACGGUGACCAAUCAAAGCCCAGUAUGGCCGGCACAGGGGAUAGGGUCUUUUAGCGAUACCCACGAGCCCUAUAACCAACUCCCGGAGUUCCAGGCAUCGACACCUGAAAUGAGUCAAUCGACGGCUCCCGGGAACACAUCCAAUGAACUCACCGAACAUUCGGAACAGCCAGCGACAGGGCCACAGGGGAGCACCUCAGCUCUCAGGCAGUCAGUUGCUGCACCAUCGUCAUGGGGUAAAUCCACUUCCCGUCGCCGACAGUAUGUCUUUCGCUUCUAUCGACCGCCGCAGUCGACGGCAGAGAGGGCAGCGUGGGUUGCGCCGCGCCAUGCCCCGGCGCCAAAACAACGGAAAAGACCGCGAAAGAUUGAAGGAAUUAUCUCGAUUGGCGUCAGAGACAGAGCCAUUCGAGAGCGCUGUGUAUUCAAAGGCGUGUCCGUCGAUGUGCUCGAUGGAGACAGCAUGGAGGGGUGGGGACGCCGCGACGACAUAAUGUUGCAAAGAGACGAAGGCGGAUACCAGCCUUGUCUUCUCAAACUCAAAUACCGACAACACGGACAGGCCAUACGCGUCAAUCUAAACGAAACCAACGAUACGAUCAGAGUCCGGGACUUGGCGCGGAUGAUUGCUCGACAUUUUGGGCGUUGGUGUAGAGAAAGCGAUGCCCAGAGGCGAGCUGUAUGCCAGCAACUAGGGCAUCCAUCCGACCAGUCUGGAGUGUGCGAGUGCGGCCGUGAACCGACGCCGAUGGAGAACAUUAUCUUGACGAGCAUAGAGCAGAGGGGGAACCACUUUACGGGAGUAUUCGUGGACCGGUGA